GAGAAUUCUGUGGACAAUGGAGAAAGUUUUCACAGUGCGCUGGUAUUUUCCUCAAAAUCGGGAUUGGGGGGCGCUAUGCUGGGCAUGGGUUACGGAGAAGAUUUUAUUGAAAAACUGUCGGAAAACGUAGAAGAAUAAAUUAAUUAUUUACUUUUGUUAUCACGUUGACAAAAUGGAUAGUACAUUCGUUGUAAGCAAAAGAUUAGUCUGCGACCAAUGUCGAAUUAUUGUAAGCAGUCUGAACCAGUGGAGGUAGCUACCACGUUACUACAUAGUAGGCUACUUACCACCAAAGCCUCUCAGUAUGCUGCCUCUCAACUGGCCCAGCUCUAGCACCUUACCAUGAACUCCAGCCGUAACUGCUCAGUCCAGGACCGUCAUGGCGGGGGCGGGGGCGGCACGGUGGUCCUGGAGUCGGUCUUUAUCGUCACCAUCACUCUCCUGGCCUGCCUGGGGAACCUCCUCAUCGUAGCCACCCUCUACCGCAAACCCUACCUUCUCACCCCCAGCAACAAGUUUGUCUUCAGCCUGACCCUUUCCAACCUGCUGUUGACUCUGCUGGUGCUGCCCUUCGUGGCGGUGAGCUCGGCGCGCAGGGAGUGGGUGUUCGGAGUAGUGUGGUGCAACUUCACCGCUCUUCUGUACCUACUCAUCAGCUCUGCCAGCAUGCUGACUCUAGGGGCCAUCGCCAUAGACAGGUACUAUGCUGUGCUCUACCCCAUGAUUUACCCCAUGAAGAUUACAGGGAACAGGGCCACGGUGGUUAUUGCCUACGUUUGGCUGCACUCCCUGGUAGGCUGCCUGCCCCCUCUCUUCGGCUGGUCCUCCUUCGAGUUCGACUGCUUCAAGUGGACCUGCGUGGCAGCCUGGCACCGCGAGCCAGGCUACUCGGCCUUCUGGGUCACCUGGUGCAGCCUCCCGCCCCUCCUCGCCAUGCUAGUCUGCUACGGCGUCAUCUUCCGCGUGGCGCGCCUCAAGGCCCGCAAGGUGCAUUGUGGGACGGUGGUGGUGUCCCAGGAGGAUUCGGGGAACGGCCAGAAGAACGGGCGUAAGAACUCGGCCACCUCCACCUCGUCCAAUGGGAGCAGGAGGAGCCUGGUGUACGCAGGAAGCCAGUGUAAAGCCUUUGUGACCAUCUUGGUGGUGGUGGGCACCUUCCUGGUGACCUGGGGGCCAUACGUGUGCGUGGUGUGCACAGAGGCGAUGUGGGGACAGGGGAGCGUGUCCCCCGGGGUGGAGACGCUGGUGGCCUGGCUGUCGUUCUGCAGCUCGGUGUGUCACCCCCUCAUCUACGGACUGUGGAAUAAGACUGUGAGGAAGGAGCUGCUGGGCAUGUGCUUUGGAGACCGCUACUACAGGGAGUCGUUCGCUACGCGACACAGGACCUCCCGCCUGUUCAGCAUCUCCAACAGGCUCACAGACCUGGGCAUGUCCCCCCACCUGACUGCCAUGCUAGUGGGAGGCGGCCAGCUGGUGGCCCCCGGGAGCAGCACUGGAGACACCGGCUUCAGUUUCACUCAGGACUCAUGUACAGAUGUGAUGCUCCUUGAUAACUUCUCUACCGACGGCACCUCCCACUCCAAUCACCACAGCAACUUGUCCGGGAAAAGGCGGAGCUCGGUAACCUUUGAAGACCAGGUGGAGCCGCAUUCCAAAGCUGACCUGGUCCAGGUCCAGGCCGAGAUCCACAAGUCCCUGGAAACCUUCGCCUCCUGCCUGGCUCAGGCCAUCGAGAGCGACGCCAGGCUCACCCUCUUUGGGGGGGAGACCCUCCUGCCUGCCGGGCUGUUUGCGGCGGCAGCCAGGGCAGCGCCACGGGGCCCCCGCUACCUGGACGGCCAGAGACUGAGGCUGGAGAGCAUCGAUGAAGGGAUCGUGAAAGACAACCGAGAGGAAGGAGAAGAAGAGGAGGAUGUGGAGGAGCUGUCGGCCUGAAACGCAAAACAAACCUCUCUGACCUCAUACCAUUGGGAAUUGUGUAAACAUUUUGUAAACAUGUAAAAGUUUACAAGAAAACGUCAACUUUUUGUGGUAUGAGGUAUUUCAUAGUGCGUUUUUACUAGCAAAACAGACACUUAAUGCCAUGGUUAGUUGUCAGUCCCUAGCCAUUCCCUGACAUGGUUUUGCCAAUGAGUUUAUGAACGUUUAAUUUUUUUCCUCUCUCAUAGAAGUAGGAUGUCAGCAAGCGGUACAUAAAAGACCGGAUUUGGACACAGAUUAUCCCUAGCCUAAGACUAAGAGACACGUCAUUGGCAAACGUUCUAGUCUAGUGUUAAUCUGUGUCUGGAAAUGGCUCUAAAAAGAUUAUAGUGUGUUGGACAUAGUGCAUGCCAUAUAUUGAGUGCCUUGCCAGUAAUUAUAAUCGACAUAGGCUACACCUCAUAUUGAAAUAGGAAGCCUUUACUACUGUAUAUGGAAGGGUUCACCUUGUGUAUUCUUACAGGAAAUGUAACGGCAACCGUUUAUUCUCAGGGUCCCCUCAGAGAAAACUAUCAACUAAACUAGUUUUUCCAAACUCUUAGACCAGAUGUAGUUGAUAGUUUGUCAUUUGCAAGUUGUUAAUCACUUAUUUGAAGGACAUGGAGGGGGGGGGGGGGACACUCAGAAUAAUUUGUUGCCAAGUAUAGAAACUUUGUUUUAGUCCUCUUAUUCCUUAGUUAAUUUCCAUGACAUUACCAGCUCAUGGUGAGUUCCAUAAUGCAGUGUGAAUCAGGUGACAAGAAUACUGAUUGACAGCAACACAUAACUAGAAGCCCCUACAUACAAGGGGUUUACAGAUGCAUGUUUGUUGAUAGUAAAGCAAGUGAUUCAGCUAACCAUCAACAACGUCUGUAAACCCCCUUAUCAGGGUACGGGAACUCUCCAACUGAAACUUUCAGUUUCUGUGUGAUGUCACUGG